CCUUAGCCUGUUAAAAUCUCUCUGCAGUUUCUUCCUUCUCUUUCUCCUCUCAUCUCAUCACUGCACUUUGCAAACUUUGAGAGAGAGAAACAGUCUGAGUCUGCGCCAAAACCGUAAACAUGGCCUCUUUUAGGUUUUCCUUGGGUUUCGGGUUAUUUACUCUGUUUCUCUCUCUCAUCUUCACUCUUUACAUUCCUCUCUCCGCCAAUGCUCAAUCCCUGCCUCCGGCACCUCCUCCCACCAGCGACGGGACGUCGAUAGAUCAAGGGAUUGCGUAUGUGUUGAUGAUGUUGGCUUUGGCGCUUACUUAUCUCAUCCACUCCUCUUCCAUCCUCUGAAUGUUUCAAUUCAAAUGAAGGAAUGUGUUAUAUUUAUUAUCGAUAAUACAGUUAUUAGCAUUGACAUUAGGAUUUGAUUAAUGGACAGGGAAAAAUUCCCCUACACCGAUUCAACCUUCUUUUUUGGGUUUUCUGUUUGUGUUUGCUUACCAGCUUCUUGUUGCUGCUACUCAGUGUUAUAUUCUGUUUAUUUAGUGAUGCCAUUGUUCAGAGAUAUUAGGUCAUAUUUGAUUUA